UAACACCCUGCCUUGUCACUCUGGACUCCCACACUGAACGAGAAACAAACCUCCCUUCUACAUCCUCAGCUCUCUAAGCGCUGAGGGCAGACGAACUUCCCUCUGCCCAUGGUGGUAGUCUUCCACUCUCCACUCCUCUGGAAGAUGUCGCAGCGACUGUGCCCUCACGUCUUCAAUCCGCUAGACACCUCGGUCAACGACUAUUCGUACCCACAGUGGGUUCAAGGGACCAGCACCACCUCAAGUAAAGACCUGUACUCGACACCAAGCAAGGAGCAAGAGCACGACCCCUGCACAAGGAUGACACAUGUAGUAUCAGAAAAGAAGACUUCUUCAGACGUCAAGCAUCAAGUAUGGGAUAAUAGCUUGCACUUAGGAACAACGGGAUGCUCCAGCGGGGUCGCGCACUCCGGAUGCAGCGUUCAUCAGACCCCUAUCGCAGUGGCGUGCAUUCUGUACGGCUCAUACUUGGCUGUAUCUUUAGCCGCUUUCAAGAGUGGCAGUAGAUCUCCACGCGCCAACAUUCGAUAUCAGCGCCUUACCUCUUGUUCCCUUGCCUGGCACAGACAUAGUGGCAGUAGGGGCCCCUACCUCGGACGUGCGCGGAGGCCCAACCUGGCAGCACCGGCUGAGACACUACCUCUGCCUUGUAGCACUGUGCCUACUGUUCCAGGUAGGCCACAGCUUACAACAGGAUGACACUAGGUCGGAGGAGUGGAUCACCCUCCUUGUCCGAUUGGUCACCACCGACGUCGUCAGACUGACGUGGAGGAUGCUAAUCCCGAACAUUGGUACUGUUUCGGUUCCAGAGGUGCCGCAGAGACUGGUUGCGCUGGCUGCUCGGCUGGACAUGCUGGAGCUGGAACAAAUGAUACUUUCUUUCAGGCCCCACGAGUCUGCAAUCCAGUGACUGGUGAAAG